AUGGGCCGGAUGCUUCUCACUUCAAGCCAGGUGCAAGUCAUCGCAUCCUGCUUCGUUGUGGUCAGCUGCACAGUUGCACUCUUCGUCAGCGGAUAUAUCAUACAGCAAAGAACUGUCAGCCAGCUCCGUUCGGCAAUCAAACCACGCGCUGAAACACGUCCAUCGCCAAAAGUCUACCUUCCGGAGAAGUUCCAGGCGCGAACGAAAGAGCUUGAAGAUGGCCGUGUCAUCGACAUAGAUACAGAAGCCGAUAUAGAAGUUAGACGACAGCGCCUAUUAGUGGAGAUCAAGGAAUCAAAGCCAAUUGUGGACAUCGAGGGAGAUGCUACGUUGCAGAGAAAUAUUGAGAUCAUAAAGCAGCUGCAGGCCAAGGUGGUGGACAAGAUGUCGACGCCUGAAGGCCAUGUUGAAGCUCCGGUUGCGAACCACAAGCCUGUCAGCAAAGCGAAGAGGAGAAAGAUGAUCAAGCAGGAGCUUCAAAAGUCGGCGCAGGCUGAGGAUGGGCUUUACUACCAACGCAGGAUGUGGUAA